ACUCCCGUUAUUAUGGACAGGGUCAGGGAACUCUGGGAAAAGAUGUCAGCUUCCUGUCUGUACCUUGGAUUUACUUUUCACCAAGGACGGAAUCAAAACAGUUGCAUGUAGAUAUCUGCCCUCUCGCCUCAACCUGAUAAUUAAUAUACUUACAUUUGACCAAGAUUUUACCAUGGAGAACACCGGGAGCAUCGACAGUCUAGGCUCGAAGCGUUCCUCAUCAAGGCAGCCGAGUGUCGAUUCACUGUCCAGGUGGGGCUCGCUCAACUUGCUCCCUGUGUAGUCGAUUGACAGGCGCUUGUAUAUCUGACUAUGCUGCCUAUCGCUAUCUAAAAUGCGUCGAAACAUUCUCGAUAGUGAAUAUACUGUAUGUCAUUAUACGACUGUAAUUCAAUGGAAGAUGUUGAAGUAUUCGCUGAACCUUACUGGGAUUAGGGUUACAAAAGUCGCUAUGGGAGACAGCUCAAAAAGUACCUCCACCUCUCGUUCUGACCGGUCCACUCACGCUGCCAAGCCCACCUUUGCAAUGUCUUCUGACAAUGUGUCCAUCUCAACAGACUUUUCCCCAGAGCUACGGGGUAGACCUAAAGCGGUUGCCAAGGUGCUCAGGGAUUCAAAAGAAGAACCACAGUUACUACCAAAGGAAAGCGUGCAAGACAUGGCCAAAGAUGUCACCUACAUCUGUCCUUACAUCGGUGCACUGAGGGGGACAUUGACUGUCACCAACUACAGGUUGUUUUUCAAAUGCAUGGACAGGGAACCAGCGUUUGUGCUGGACUUGCCCCUGGGGGUAGUGAGCCGGGUGGAGAAGAUAGGAGGGGCAUCUAGCCGUGGUGAGGUCUCCUACGGGCUUGCCUGCAAGGAUAUCCGUAAUCUGCGGUUUGCACACAAGCAGAUGGAGGAUUCACUCAGGAAGUCCAUUUUCGAAAUCCUGAUGAAAUGUGCCUUUCCUGUUUCUAAUGGUCUGACAAUCUUUGCCUUUGAGUAUGGGCAGGUCUAUCCUGAAAAUGGCUGGAAAGUGUAUGAUGCUCAAGCGGAAUACAAAAGACAGGGCUUACCCAACGAGAGCUGGAGGAUAACUAAAGUGAAUGAUCACUACGAGCUGUGUGACACUUACCCAUCAACCCUGGUGGUGCCUGUUAACAUCCCAGAUGAGGAGUUGAAGAGAGUGGCUGCCUUCAGAGCCAAGGGCAGGAUACCUGUGCUGUCAUGGAUUCACCCAGAGAGCCAGGCCACAGUGAUCCGCUGUAGUCAGCCCAUGGUCGGGGUCAACGGCAAGCGCAGCAAAGAUGAUGAGAAGUACCUCCAGACCAUCAUGGAUGCCAACGCUCAGUCCCACAAGCUCUUCAUCUUCGAUGCCAGGCCUAGCGUCAAUGCUGCUGCCAACAAGAUGAAAGGGGGUGGCUAUGAGAGUGAGGAUGCCUAUCAGAAUGCAGAAUUGGUGUUCUUGGACAUCCACAACAUCCACGUGAUGAGGGAGUCACUGCGCAAGCUGAAGGAGGUAGUCUAUCCCAACAUCGAGGAGUCCCAUUGGUUCUCCAACCUCGAGUCCACUCAUUGGCUGGAACACAUCAAGCUGAUCCUGGCUGGGGCGCUGCGUAUUGCAGACAAGGUGGAGUCAGGGAAGACGUCAGUGGUGGUUCACUGCAGUGAUGGGUGGGACCGUACUGCCCAGCUCGCCUCCCUGGCCAUGGUGAUGCUGGACGGACACUACCGCACCAUCCGCGGCUUCCAGGUGCUGCUGGAGAAAGAGUGGCUGAGUUUCGGCCACCGCUUCCAGCUGAGGAUCGGUCAUGGGGAUAAGAACCACACAGACGCAGACCGCUCGCCUGUCUUCCUGCAGUUCAUAGACUGCGUGUGGCAGAUGACCCGCCAGUUUCCUGCAGCCUUUGAGUUCAACGAAUACUUCCUGAUCACCAUCCUGGACCACCUGUACAGCUGCCUGUUUGGGACGUUCAUGUGUAAUAGUGAACAGCAGAGGGUGAAGGAGGAGCUGCCCAAGAAGACAGUUUCCCUGUGGGCCUACAUCAACAGCCAGCCAGAGGAGUUCACCAACCCUCUGUAUGUCAACUAUUCCAACCAUGUGCUGUUCCCAGUGGUCAGCAUGCGCCACCUGGAGCUCUGGGUGGGAUACUACAUCCGCUGGAACCCUCGCAUGAGGCCACAGGAGCCUGUUCACCAGCGCUACAAGGAGCUGCUGGCAAAGCGGGCGGAGCUUCAGAAGAGGGUGGAGGAGCUGCAGCGAGAGGUGACCAAUCGCUCUGCCUCCUCAUCCUCUGAGAGGGCGGGCUCUCCCACCCGCUCCAUCACUCCAGUUCAGACCUUUGUCUGACAAGCAGACAGACAAAACCCAGGGGGAUGGUGUCCGGAAGCUUAUAGUGGACGGCUGAGGACCGAGGCCCAACUCCUAUAGGAAGCAAAACAACCAACAAGUGUCUGUAGAAACCGCAUAUUGGCCUUUGGCUGCUCCACCUCAACAGCUGAGGUCAUAUAGAGUCAGAACUGUAGAAUGAGAAUAAGAAGAUUAAUUUAUAUCUCUAUGGUCAGAACCUUCUGCUGCACCAAACAGAGCUGCCUUUGUUUCCAACCACCUUGCUACAGCCAUACUACACUCUACUGACCUCUGCUGCCAGGGUCAAGAGUACUGUAACAUAUUAUCAUCAAAUAAGUAUGAAAUAUAUUAGCUUACUGUAUGUAGGUAUUACAUGUAUUCUAAGUGAUAAGUACACUAAUUGAUUAAUAGGAUAAAACAAGCAACACACUAAAAGUAAUAGCUCAAUUAAUUCCUCCAUUGUUAAAGCAGGGUGGAGAUUUAUUCCAGAAAGGCAGGCUAUUUAAACAAAUGUAUGUUUAUUUCUACUUGACAUAAUCCAAAUAGGGUUUGAGGUCAGAAUUGUCUCGGAGUUGAGAAAAUAGUUACUGAAUGGACACAUUUUGACCAAAUAGGUGUGAAUGAAUCAAUGUGGGCAUGGGUGGGUGUAUUGUUAGUUAUGUAUGACAUUCCAUCUGAUCAGUAUGUUGUGUUUUUAAGCUGUCAAGUUCCUUUUAUUAGCAAGUUAACUGAAUACUAUUUUCUGUCUCGUAGGUUGUGUGUAUAGUUUACAGUAUACCAUAUACUUAUAGGCUUACAGUUCUGUCUCAUUCCUAAUUGAUUAGGUUAUAGCUUGAGGGCUUUUUGACUGCAAAGACCAGUUAAUCAUCUAAUACAUUGAAUUGUUGCAAUGAGUGGUCAUCUUGACUUAGUUAAAUAUUGUUAACCAUAAGCAUGAAGACUGAUCUGUGUACUGUAUACCAUCCCUCACUCCUACAGCAAAGAUGAGGGAGUAGUGGUGGAAAUCUUUAUGAUAUGGACUAGUCUAGACAAGUCUAGCUAGAGUUAUGCUGUGCAUCAUAUAUAGGGAGGAGGGAUAGUGUUAGAGGGUAGCUAUAUGAAUGUAUGUUAGAAUUUUGGCCCUGUUAUCUGCUUAUGUGUAUAUUGUGGUGAUUUCUGCGAUAACAUCACGUUGCAGACUGCUCACUCAGAAAAUGGAUAAUCAGGAUUGACAAUGUGCAUUUAAUGGUUUAGUUAGGGUUUUAAAAUGAAAGCUGUAACUAAGUGCUUCUUGAAAGGUCAUACUCACAGGUUCUUAAUAAAUGCUGUAUAUGUA